AUGGAAGCUAUAGUAAAGAACGCUAUACAGCAAUUUUGUGAAGAAAAUAACAUCUUGCAGGAUCUUGAACAUGGCUUCCGGAGAGGGCGUUCCUGCCUCUCAAAUCUGCUAGCUUGUCUGGAAAUCUGGACCAGGGCUCUAGAAGAGGGUUUUGAGGUCGAUGUCGUGUACAUCGAUUUCCGCAAAGCUUUUGACACUGUCCCACACCAACGUCUUCUUCACAAAUUGAGCGACAUCGGCAUCCGGGGAGAUCUUCUGAACUGGAUUAGGGCGUUUCUGGUUGGUCGGAAACAACGUGUCUGUAUCGGGGAUGAUAUGUCAGAAUGGGUGAAUGUGACCAGUGGUGUGCCGCAAGGCUCAGUUCUGGGACGAUUGCUCUUCAUCCUUUACGUUAACGACAGCCUUCAGGAACUCGACUGCGGCAAAAUAAUGUUUGCAGACGACGUUAAGCUCUGGCAAGUCAUUAAGGGUCCGAAUGAUCAGAGAGCCCUUCAAGAUAAUCUGCACCGACUGCAAGCGUGGUCGAAGAAAUGGCUUCUAGAUUUCAAUGUGGAGAAGUGUGCCGUCCUUCAUCUGCGUCCAACCAACUCUCAUUCAAAUGAGAGUCUGAGGAGUUAUCACCUGAAAGAUAUAAGGCUCCCCGCAGAAUCUUCACAGAAGGAUCUCGGGGUUUGGAUACAGAACAACCUGAAACCAACACUGCAGUGCCACAAGGCUGCAAAAAACGCCAUGGGAGUGCUGCAUGAAAUAAAAAGGGCUUUCGUUAACUUUGACCAAGACAUUUUUGGGAGAGUUUACGGCACAUUUGUUCGGCCCCACUUAGAAUAUGGCAUACAAGCAUGGCGGCCAUGGCUGGCAAAGGACCAAGAAUGCCUCGAAGGGGUACAACGGCGUGCAACAAAGCUGGUAAACGGUCUAAAAAGCCAAUCCUACACAGACAGACUGAAUUGCCUUAAUUUAUUCCCUCUGUGUUACAGGCAACAAAGAGGCGAUCUUAUCCUCGUCUACAAGAUAAUACAUGGCCUUGAGUAUGGACUUAAAUUUGAGGACAUGUUUCAGUGGCACCUUUCACCCAAUCUUCGUGGUCACUCGAUGAAUUAUGGACAACAAUGUCCAGGCUGAAUCUCCGUUCUGAAUUUUUCACGCAGAGGGUAGUGGAGAAAUGGAACGAUCUCCCUCAGUCAGUCGUGGAGGCUACAUCCCUGCAACUGUUCAAGAAACGCUUGGAUGAUUAUUUGUGUCCCCUCUUUUCCCUCGACAGUCUGAAUCUGAAUUAA